CUGCAUGCGAUGGACAACGAUUCAUCAGUGAAUUUCACCCAUCCUUUGCUGACCAGUUCUCAUUAUGGAUAUUGAAGAUUAUAAUAUCAUUUCGAAUUACAGGAGGGAUCAUACCUUAUAUAUCUUGCCAAACCAAAAAUCACGAGAUGCAGUUGAUGCUCACAUAGAUAUACAAGCCGUUACUUGGGCUAUUAUUAGUACGGUGAUUGACAUGUUAGGUGACCAGGCAAACUGUUGGAAAUAUCAAAUUCAAGGAUUAAACAGCCAUGUUAGCGUUUGGCCUACUGAAGCAGGCAUCAACAAAGAUAUCAUACACGAAUUGGAAAAUUCUGCUAAACACAAUCUUAGAAUACGUGGGUUCCCUAUAUUAGAGCCAACUAAUAUAGAAGACUGCGAGGACGAAGAAACAAGUCAAAGCGAGGGGCCCCUUACCGCUAUUUUUGAUGAUGUUUGUCUAAUCUGCGACUGCUGGCUGGAUUAUACCACGAAAUUAGGGUUAAUAAGAAGUGGAAACUUUAUCAAGAAUAAAGCAAGUAAAGACAGUGCCCGUGACUUAGAAUUGUGGCGCUUCCGUAAUGAUCGCAACAAUAUUAAAUUGGAAGAUGGAGAGAUGUUUUCCAACAUAGUAAAAGACUAAGUGAUCACUAGUCUUCUUCGUGGCUCAAUAUAGCAUCUCCAUCUUUUCACGGUGUCCGUUUAUUGCGGGAGGUGUCAUAUCCAUAUCCAUGUCACCUGCCAAGUGUCAUGUCACGAUAGGUGUCUCGUUUAUAUAUUAUUUUACAAUAUUUUAAGAGCAUAUUGUCGAAUAUCGGCAAAUAUCAUAAGAUUAAAGGAUGAACUUAUUACGAACGGUAAACAAAACAAAGAAACCAUGAUUUUAACAAAUCGGACAGUCUUUCGGAACGGAAGUCUUUCGAUUAAGAAAUUCCUUCUUACAAAGAGAUAGAUUACGUUAGCUUAAAAAAAAUAUAUAAACUAUGAAUCUGCAGUCGAAUUCUUUAGAUUGGAAGAUUCGACUGGUUUGGCUAAAUAAGAUCGUCUUCCUGC